GAGAGAGAGAGAGAGAGAGAGAGAGAGAGAUCCUCCAGCACCGGCUCGGAUCGUUCAGUCUCUCUCUCUUCACUUCAGAUUGGUGGUGACUGACUGACUGACAGGUGACCGAGCAGUCCGGCUGUGUGUCUCUGUCUGUCGGACUCUAGCAGCGGAUGUUCUUGGGCACGCUUCUUCCCACCGCGGUGAGGCUGGACGGAUAAAGCCACCAUGGCGCUGGAACCGGAGGGGAACAACCGGCUCCUGCAGGACGUGCUGGCGAGACCGGGCAACGAAACGUGCGCGGACUGCGGCAAUCCAGAGCCGGACUGGGCGUCGCUGACUUUGGGUGUGUUUGUUUGCCAGGCCUGCUCACUCCUUCACCGGAGCAUCCCCCACAUCAGCCGGGUCAAGUCUGUCCAGGACACGUGGGACGCCAGUGAUGUGGAGUUGAUGGCGGCUACAGGAAACAACGCAGCCAAGGCCAAAUAUGAGCAGAAGGUUCCUGCUUUCUACUACAGACCAACACACUCUGACUGCAAGAUGCUGAGAGAGCAGUGGAUCAGAGCCAAGUACGAGAGGAAUGAGUUUGAGUUUAUCGAAAAGCAGGAGCCCUACUCUGCAGGGUACAGAGAGGGGUUUCUAUGGAAACGAGGAAGAGACAACGGUCAGUUUCUCAGCCGAAAGUUCAUCCUGUCGGAGAGGGAGGGGGCGCUGAAAUACUUCAACAAGCAGGAUGCCAGGGAUCCCAAAGCAGUGAUGAAAAUUGAGACCCUCAAUGCCACCUUCCAACCGGCCAAGAUUGGCAACCCCUGUGGCCUGCAGAUCACCUACCUGAAAGACAACAGCACAAGGAACAUCUUUGUCUACCACAGUGAUGCUAAGGAGAUGGUCGACUGGUUCAACGCUAUCAGAGCGGCCAGGUUCCACUACCUACAGGUGGCCUUUCCUGGAGCAAGUGACGAGGAGCUGGUGCCCAAACUGACCCGAAACUUCAUGAAGGAAGGAUUUAUGGAGAAAACGGGUCCAAAGCACACAGAGGGCUUCAAGAAGAGGUGGUUUACAAUGGAUGACAGGAGACUCAUGUAUUUCAAAGACCCCCUGGACGCCUACGCCCGUGGUGAGGUGUUCAUCGGCAGUAAGGAGAACAGCUACACUGUCCUGUCCGGCUUGCCCUCUUCCACACAGGGCUACCACUGGAACCACGGCAUCACCAUUGUCACGCCAGACAGGAAGUUCCUGUUUGCCUGUGAAACCGAAGCUGAGCAACGGGAUUGGAUAUCGGCCUUUCAGAGGGUCAUCAAUCGACCAAUGAGGCCGCAGGAAUAUGCAGUGGAGGCCCAUUUCAAACACAAGCCUUGAAGACUGCAGGAAGCCACAACUCAGCUGGACCGGCCCAGUCUCAUUCAGACCUGAGACAAUCCCAAUGUGUGACCAGAGACCGGGGGGGGGGGGAGGGGUUUCGGGAUGAGAAAAGAUGAAGAAAAAGAAGAGAAAGCGGGACUUGAGCCUGUCUACGUGUAGAAACAUCGAACUCUUAAUAGGACCGAAGGCCCAAUCAUGGGGUGAAACGUCAGUGAUCAGAAGCCAAAGGGUAGAUGAUGUCAUCACUAUUGCGCCUACCAACUUUUGUGCUAUACAUUAUCAUCCUACCUUUCCUCAGCCAUGUGGACCCUUUCCCUGCAACAACCUUUUUCUCAGAUUCCGUCUUGUGAAUGGUUCAUUCUACCUGUAAUCUAAUGUAAUUAUGUAAUCUAGAGUCAUCUCACUGGUUGCUUAACAAAGACAAUGCAUUGUUAAUUUAUUGAAUGUACAGUUUUGAUGACAGUGGCUUACUGUGUGUGUGUGUGUGUGUGUGUGUGUGUGUGUGUGUGUGUGUGUGUGUGUGUGUGUGUGCGUGCGUGCGUGUGCGUGUGCGUGCGUGUGUGCAGUCGUGAUGUUUUCGUUAAGGACGCUGUGAGGUUGAGCCUCUGGCACUGAGGAACCUGAACCUACAAAGUGCUGUUAACAACAAAUUAUGCAUAAAAACGCACACACGCACAAACUCUCAGUGAUCACCGUAGCUGUUAGCGUAGCUUGAGGUGGCUGAUAAUAUCCAGACAGGGUUCUUUUACGACCUCAAUCUGACAGCUGUUCUCUUAUUUAUUUGUACUGUUGAACGUACGGAGUCAUCGUAGACGCGUUAUUGCUGCUUUAAAGGAUUGUAAUGUGACAGGAUUGUAAUUUAUACAACACUUUACUCUACAACUGUUUAAUUUUACGUUUUGCAUCUUGUUUUAAAGACACAUUGUUGGGUUGACCCUUAAAUCACAGUGAUCGUUUGUUUCAUUAUGA